CUCCGCACGAACCGAGCGCAUCGAUGCCGCGCUUUGCAUUUCCUCUGCAAUUUACACUGCUGCUUCCCCUGCAGGGAUAAUUCAACACCAUCGCUGUUUAUAAAGUCGCAUUUAUAUGAAGUGUACUUAAUCGUUAUAAGUGGCAGGCGGAGAUAUGUGACGCUGUGCCCAGCCGGUCUGCUCUCCGGUGCGUAAUUGAUUCGAGUGGAGAUUUCUGAGCCGCAGUACUGAUUUUUGGCACGGUCAGGAUCCUCCACAUAGCUCCUUCCUCAGGGAGGGGAAGGCUGCUGCUUCUGAACUUCCUACCUUUGUUGUUAUCAGGACGUCCUGAACACAAGCCAGGCAUCUCACCCCAGAGUGUUUCACUUCAAAAAUUCAAUAAAAAAGUUUAAUAAUGGAAGACAAACGCAAGAAGCGGAGCCCAAAGGUGUCUCUCCCCCAGCCCCCUCCUCCCCCCAUCAACCCCCGCAAACUCUCUGUCCUGCCUGCCAGCAAAAGUGCCACCUUCUCUCUCGGCCUGCCACAGCCCCCCUCCCCCAAGAACAGAGGCAAGUUUAAGCGGUCCGUGGGAGCACCAGGACAGCCAAAAGAAGUGUUCACAGCUGUCUUAGCUCCACCAAAGACCACCAGGCCCCACAAGGAGAAACCCAGGGCCCCGCAGCCAGCAGGACCUAGCAAAGUAGUCCAGUCCUCUCCUCUGCAGCACUCAUUUCUCACAGAUGUCUCAGACGUGAGAGAGAUGGAGGGAGGCCUCCUCAACCUUCUCAACGACUUCCACUCAGGCAAACUACAGGCUUUUGGUAAGGUGUGCUCCUUCGAGCAGUUGGAGCAUGUGCGCGAGAUGCAGGAGAAGCUGGCACGGCUGCACUUCAGCCUCGACAGCCACGUGGAGGAGCUUUCGGAGGACCAGAGGAAGUGCGCCUCCGACCACAACCUGGAGCACCUGCUCUGUAACCUGGAGGAGCUCAGCACCUCAAUACAAAAGCUCCACUUGGCUGAGAACCAGGACCUGCCCAAGACAUCUGGUCCCUGACAAAGUGAGGUGCGGAGGAUGGCGACCACACACAUCUUCUCCCACCAUCUAACCAGUCCAGGUUGCCAUGGCAUUAAUCCGGCUGCCUUAAUAAGGGAAUGGAAAGAUCCACAGGAGGAGGGGCCAUUUUUCCAUUUGGUCAGCGAAGCCGAGGGAACAAUACAGUGACUCGAAGCAGCAGAGCAUUAAAUGAACACUCAAACCAAAAUCAUAAACCCCCCACCCCCAAUCAUGGCACAAGAAAUGAUCAGAGGCUUUACUGAACAGCUUUGUUAGAGGACAUAUGUUGUUUUAAAGUUUUCAGCAUGGCCUUGGCUCCUGUUAUUAGUUACAUCAUUUGGUCACAAAUAACUGAAUCCAGGUGUAGUCUUUGGUUCUCUAUAGAUUUGUGUUCACAAAAAAGUGCAUUUCAUGAUAGUUUAAGAAUUUGUAUGAUUUUUAUAUCAUGCCUCCUCUUUUCCAUAAUUUCAGAAGCUAUUUGUCUCUGUUAGCAAAGCUAAGGAUUGGCCAUAGUAUGCAUACAUUUUUGCCCUUAUCGACAACACCACUGUGGUUAACUCAGAACUUUAAAAGGGAGUUUUCACUUUUGCUAUUAUCCUGAAUACACUCCCUCAUUUUUAUAUAUUUGCUGUUAAAGUUUAAUACUGGAAAUCAGACUGGACUUAAUAAAAGCAGGGUUAACCUUUGUUAUAACUGUACAUUUUGAAGGGACUAUGUGAGGAAAUGGUUUAUGUGUUUUGCCAAUGUGCAGUUCAGCUACUAUAUUUGUUGACAAUGGUUUAACAUAACUUGGUGAUGGAGGAGAUUUUGUGCUUUAUCAGGAUUGCCUUUAUACUUUGUUUUUGUGAAUGAGUAGCACCAUCUCUCCAAGCGCAAUCUUGUCCAACCUGCUACUGAAAUACUGUAAAAAUCACCUGCUGUAACAUUUAGGGUCACAGGGACUUUGUCCAGUCUGACAUUCACUUCUCAUUACACUGUCUUGGACAGCACAUCCUCAGAGUAAUGCCGCUGGCAUAAAUCUCUGUACAGUACAAUUUCAAAAUGGCAGCUACUUUUAUAGUUAAAAGUAAGGGGGAGUAAGAUUUGCAUUGUAUUUAAUUACAAAGUUGGCAGCGAUGCACCUUGGCCAUAUUUAAUUCCUGAAAAGCCAAUAAAAAUGAUAUUAGUGAUCGAUCUAAAACAUCAUGGCAUGUCAAAGCAUUGGUGUAUUUGGUUAUUACAGAAGUCUUUUAUACUGCUUGCUAAGCCUACCUCUUUUCUAAGGCCUUGGCCUGGGAGCUCUCUACAGUGACAUAAUACAUUUCUUAUUCUGGAUCCUUGACAGUGGGGCUGCAACUAACAAUUAUUUUCAUUAAAGAUUAAUCUGCA